AUGCUUGGCUAUGUCAUUGGUGUUGCUGGCUGGGCUACUGGUAUGGAAUUUGAAGGUGGCAGAGAGCAUGAUGUCGAUGGUAUUCAGAUAAAGCCCAAGUCGAGGCAUAUUUGGAUAGACCGCUGCAGCUUACAAGAUUAUGAUGAUGGACUAAUUGAUAUCACUCGCGAAAGUACUGAUAUCACCGUUUCAAGAUGUCGCUUCGCCAAUCAUGACAAGACAAUGCUUAUUGUAGUAGACAAGAGUCAUGUUACCGAUAGAUGUAUUCGCGUUACCAUUCACCAUUGCUUCUUUGAUGGAACAAGACAGAGACAACCUCGACUUAGAUUUGGCAAAGUUCACCUUUACAACAAUUACACAAGAAACUGGAGCAUAUAUGUUGUCUGUGCCAGUGUAGAAGCACAGAUCUUGUCUCAAUGCAAUAUUUAUGAACCAGGACAAAAGAAGUUGGUAUUUAGGUACAUGCCUGAGAAGGCAGCCGAUCGGGAAGAUGUGAAGGCGGGUUGGAUAAACCAACCAUCUAUUUUCGUUCAAGCUUCAUUGAAGAUGAGUGCAUAA